UUUAAAGAGUGCCUAUUUCGGGCGCGCCACCGCCUCUCAAGACAGCCUAAGGAAACACUAUCCAACGCCUACAGAUAUCGAUUUCUCUAAUCGACUCGCUACUGUUGUAGCUGUGCUUGCUUCGCUGCGCUAUGCUUCGCUUCGUUCUUGGGCCGAGAGGUCUGAAGAGUAGCGCUCGAUGGCGUACCUGAGAGUCGAGGUAGGUUUGACAUGAUAAGGGUCUGGGUAUUUCCUGCCUUCUAGACGCUCUUGCUCCUUUCGAAUCUUUUCGUGCUUUCCUCGAUUCCUCAACCUUGAAGACAAUAGCUACUUCUUCUGAUGUGCUUUUGCUCUUGCUGCGUCGACUGAAGAGCGUCCUUUCGUUUCCUUUACCCUUCACACGUCAACUUAUCUCGACACACCCUUUACGCCCAUUCUCUCGUACUCUAUGCCGCAUAAUCAGUAUAAUUAAUUCAUAUCACGACACUCUCGCUAUAACAAUACUGCAAACAUGCGCUCAGCAACUCUUUCCGCCCUUGCAGGCUUCGCAGCCCUGGCACCCUUCACAACUGCCCAGUCCACCUCACCGAAACGCGGUCUCUGCUACGUCCCGUCCCAAAAGUACCCUGGCGAUGACAACAUCUGGGUCAGCGGCAGCAGCGACCUAACAUGGUACUACAACUACAAAGCUGAGCCGGCGGACGUCUACAAGAACAACAAGAACAUCCAGUUCGUGCCCAUGCUCUGGGGCGCCUCGGACAGCGACACCGGUACACCCUUCUACGAUUCAGUUAAAAAGCAACUCGACGGCGGCGCAAACAUCAGCUACGUCCUCGGCUUCAACGAGCCCGACGGCCCUCACUCGACCGGUGGCUCAGCGCUCCCCGUCGACCUGGCCGCCACGCGCUGGAAAGCCGAGAUUGAGCCCCUCAAGAAGUUGGGUAUCAAGCUCGGUGCUCCGGCCGUCACUGGUGCUGCGAGCGGUUGGACGUGGCUACAAAACUGGUUCACUGCGUGCGAUGGUGGGUGCACACCGGAUUUCAUUCCUGUGCAUUGGUAUGGCAAUUUCGAAGGCAUGGCGAGUCAUAUUGGACAGGUUAUGGCAACGUAUCCAAACAUGACGGUUUGGGUUACGGAGUAUGGGUUCCCGAACCAGGAUCUCAAGGCUACGCAAGAGUUCUACAAUAUGAGCAAGAACGCUAUGGAUGGGUGGGGUAACCUCACGCAUUACUCGUACUUCGGCGCUUUCCGCAGUGAUGUCUCGAAUGUUGGACCUAACGCUGCUAUGCUCAACCAAGAUGGCAAGCUCACGGAUAUCGGAUCGUGGUAUAUGGGUGGUUUGUCGACGAACAACAUCCCCAAGGGUGCUGGCGGCCGCAUACAGACAAUCGGUGUGGCAGGGGUAUCUGCUCUGGCUCUCUUCUGGGCAUGUGUGCUUUAGGAUCGCCCCCUGGAUCUCUGGCGCAACCUUGUCACUGCGGGUUCUAUUAGUUUCCUUUGGUCAUCGCCUGAAUCCUGUGUUGAGGACUAUCUUGGAUGGGAUAUCUACUUUGAGCCAGAACGCUUCAGUCUCGGGCAGUACAUGACGGGUCUGAUGAUUCUAUGAUACCCCGCAUUCCAGUUCAACUGUCUCUUGGAGCAUCCGUUUACCGGUUUUUGGCUGGCUUCACCCUCGUUAUGGGCUUUCGCAUUGCGGUGGAUUUUUGCUGGCAUCAAGAUAGACGUUUUCGGGGCUCAAGAGGUACACAAUUGAGGCACCAGCGCAGAUAGCGUGGAAAG